CCGUACUGUAUUGCGUUUUCUUGUUUGUAAAAAAAAAAAUAAAAAAUAAAAUAAAAAUCAACGGACGAAUUAGUAAGUGUUCCAUUUCAGCAGCACCACUUUAAUUUCUGUUUAGGGUCUCUCUGCAAUCAGACCGACGAAUUCUCAGUAAUACUUACCAAUUUCCGUACUUCACUGGCCAUGAGUGUAGAAGAACAUGGUGGAUAUUAACACUUUCUCGAACUCUUACUAGUGUAAGAGAAUUUGCAAGCUAAUCAUCAAAAAAGGCAGCAAGGAUGUUCUCUCUUAUGUAUGGGUUCUGGAAGUACAUGUUCAGCAAGAUGGAAUUUCAUGUUCUUAUUCUCGGUAUUGACAAGGCUGGAAAAACGACUUUACUGGAGAAGUUGAAAGAACUAUACUUAAACUUGGAAGGCCUUCCACCUGAUCGAAUUGUUCCAACUGUGGGGCUCAAUAUUGGUCGUAUUGAAGUUGGAAAUGCAAAACUUGUGUUCUGGGACUUGGGUGGCCAGCCUGGCCUCCGUUCAAUAUGGGAGAAAUAUUAUGAAGAAGCCCAUGCUGUCAUUUAUGUUGUUGAUGCAAAUGCUCCGGCUCGUUUUGAAGAUUCUAAAUCUGCACUAGAAAAGGUACUUCGACACCAGGAUUUGCAAGGUGCUCCCCUUCUGAUAUUAGCUAACAAACAGGAUCUUGCUUCAGCAGUUUCAGCCGAAGAAGUAGCUCGUUAUCUGGAUCUGAAAAAGCUGGAUGAAAGGCUAUAUAUGUUUGAAGCUGUCUCAGGAUUUGAUGGUAGAGGGUUCAAGGGAAGUGUAGAUUGGCUUGUUGAUGCUAUGGAAAGAAGUAAAAGAUCUGAAAUGCUGCGAAGCCGUACACCUGCUGCUUGAAACUGUAUUGAUAUGUUAUGAAAUUGCUUCAUUCAACCGUUGUACAUACCUCACAACCAUAUUUCUGGGUCAUCAAUAUUAGUUUGUAGUUUCACUAAGGAUAUCUGAAUUCUUUUUUGGCUGAUUGUUGAUUUGUUGUUUCUCCCCUUAGGAGCCCUGAAUUAGUCCUGCUGUUGCUAAAAAAUUAAACAAUACUAAGUUCUCCUAUGGCUAGAUUUUGGGUAAUGCUAUAUGUAUUACUUGAGCAUUAAAUACUUUUUCUAAAAUGAUAUAAAUUUGGGAUUUUAUGGCA